AUGUCUUCUCUUGCAGGCUAUUUACUCGACAAACAAAAACAAGUCAAGUCGAAAAGCCAAUUGGGCUCAUCAUUUGCUCCGAAUUUAGCAACCAAGAAAGUUGGAGGAAGUAAUAGUGUUCAUGCCUCAAGUGUUCCAUCGUCCUCCUCAAAUUCUACAACGCCAACAACAACAACAACACCAUCUGAAGUAGGACCUCUUCAUUCUGCAUCAUCGACCACAACCACAACCACUACAACAACUAGUCGAGUUGGUGAUCCGAUCACUCCUUUGCAAAACAACGAAGAUGAUUUUUCAUUGGAUCACUCGCAAGCGUUAAGCUCGGAAACAACAAAAACCGUUACAACUAGCAACAACGAUCAACAUAUCAACGAUGAUUCUUCAUCAACAAUUUCCAAAUCUUCUAACAGAAAGAAGAGAGGAAAAGGAAGAAAACGAAAAACUAACGAAGAUGAAAAUUAUUCGGAUGAUCAGUCUGACGCUCUUUCCACAAAUUCAAAUAUGACAUCAACUUCAAGCACAUCUAAGUCUUCUACUAGGUCAAAAAAGUUAAAGAAACCAACUGGUGAAUUUAAAACAAUUUCAGACUUUAUCAGGGAUGCAAUUUUAAACGAUUACAUUUCCGAAACAGCAACAAACAACAAUAAUAAUUCUAACAUUUCUGCCAUACAAGCCAACAGAAUCAGUGCAGACGAAUUUGUCAAUGAUGAUGAUUAUGAGCUUGCCAAUUCCGAUUUAAACGAAUCAUAUAGGGACAAAAUUCAUGACAUUGAAUUUGAAAAUAAUUCAGACAAUUUAUCAUCGACAAGCAUGCCAUCUUCGAGACACAACGAUUUUGUUGAAGUAAAGCCAAAACCCAUCAUAACUAAUACUUCUAACAGAGGUAUCAACAAUGAAGAGAAUGAUGAAUUCGAUGAAUUUAACGACGUUGAUGAUGAUUUAGAAGAAUUUGAAAAAACUACCGGUCCAUCACUUUUUUCUUUUGACAGCGAAGGAAAUAUUAAAUUGCAAGAAGAGCCAUCUACAGUAGAACUUACUCCUGUCACUGAAACAGGAAGAGGAGAGUUCAAUUAUUCGAGAGCAAUGAGACUUGCAAAUCUUGACAAAAACAAACCAAUUACCCAAGCAACAUAUGCAAGAAGAGGAAAGGGAGAAAGAUGGACAAAAGAAGAAGUUGAGCUUUUUUAUAAUGGAUUGAGACAAUUUGGUAUGGAUUUUUCAAUGAUUUCUAGAUUGUUCCCAAAAAGAACAAGAAGAGAAAUUCAUCAAAAAUACAAGAGUGAAGAGAAAAAGAACAAGAAAAAAAUUGAAUUUGCCCUUAAAAAUAGGGCUCCUAUUGACCUAUCUCUCUUCCAAAAGAAAAGCACAGAAAAGGAUAAAAUUCAAGGUAUUGUCAGAAAGAAAGUCACUAAGCAGCAAGCAGAGACGGCUCCAGCUGCUACUGAUCAAAAUGAAUUUGAAGAAGUCACCGCAGCUAAACAUACUACUGAUCGCUCUGAUAUGAACACUAGUCAUGAGUAUGCAGAGGACGAAUUUUAUGAUGAUCUUGAUGACUUUGAAGAAUAUGACAAUGUAGCUACAUCCACCUCGAACAAAUCUACCACUGGCAAGAUCAAGUCAAGCAAGUCUGCAGCGAAUAAUGACGAAAACGCAAGUGAUGAAGAAUACCACGACUCUUUUGGGAAGGGUGUUCUUGGCAAAGAUGACGAUGAGUUUGAAUGA